AUGGGAAUUUCAUGUUCAAAUUGCUAAUAUAUCUUAAGAGAAAUAGAGUAUUCAUUUUUAUUAAACGAGCCAUCAACAAUAAGGGCAAUAAAAUGAAAAUAAUCACAAGUAAAUUACAAAAUAAGUAUUUGAUUGUGAAGUAUGGAAAUUGUACAGCCGAAGAUGGUUUUAGAAAAUUAUCUAAAUAAUAACAAUUACGAAUGAAAAUGAAAGAAAGUACUUUUUUGAUGGUUAACUCUUAAGAAUGUAAAUAAUUUUAUUUUUAAAAUAGAGAGUUAAGAAACAAUUAAUCUGUGGGAUUUUUAAAUUAUACUAAUUUAGAAUAACUAUAUCAUCUACAUUGGUCUGGAAAAUACGGGUUAAUUAAUUAAAAGGUAGGAAGAUGGAUUACAACUUGGAAAGGUGAAAUUUUAAGGGAUGCUGGUGGAUGGUACUCUGAUGAUGAAAAAAAAUAGGGUUUGUGGAUAGAACUUACAAAAAAUUAUAGAAAGUAUAUUAUCAUUCAAUUAUUUAAAAGUAAAGCUGAAAUAUGCGAAUCUGGAUAUUAUAUAGAUGAUUAAAGAUAUGGGAUUUGGAAGUAUAUAUAUGAUGAAUAAUUAAUGUAUUGAUCAAUUUAUUUUUAAUUUAGUGAUGCUGGAUGUUACAACCUUUAAGGCCAAAAGAUUGGAAAAUGGACAGAGUUGAGUGAUCAAUUUUCCUAAUAUUCUUAAGUCAAAUAUACCGGUGAAUAUAUAAAUGGCAAAAAGGUUGGUUUAUGGGAUGUUUGGUAUUAAGAGUUAAAUACUUAUAAAUAUAAUUUGAUGUAAUAUAUUACGAGUAAACUAUUUAAGUGGUUGUGGAUCAUAUGAUGGAGAUGGUAAUAAAUUUGGACAAUGGAUUGAAUUGAGUGAAGGAUAUAAAGAAUUUGAAAAAAUCACUUACACUGGCCAAUAUAAAAGUGGUAAAAAAAUUGGUAGAUGGGAUAUUUGGUUUAAUAAAGGAGAGAGUAAGAGAGAAAAUACAAUGUAAUAUAUUACGAGUAAAACUAUUUAAGCGGUGGAGGAUUAUAUGAUAAGAAUGGUACUAAAAUUGGAAAAUGGAUUGAAGUGAGCGAUGGAUUUUAAUAAUACCCAUUAAUCAUUUAUAUUGGCCAAUAUAGAAACGGUAAUAAAAUAGGUAGAUGGGAUAUUUUUGAACUUGGAGAAAUGAUGUAAAAAAAUAUUCAAAAAUGCCUAUUUAGUGGUGGUGGAUAGUAUGAUGAGGGAGAUUCUAUUAAGAUUGGGAGAUGGAUAGAGCCGAGCGAUUACUUUGGUUAUGGUUGGUAAACUAUUUAUAAUGGAGAAUAUAAAAAUGGAAAAAAAGUUGAUAGAUGGGAUAUAGAAAAAAGGGAUGAUAAAGGAAUGACCUUUUAAAAAAUGUAAAAAUAUUAAAUAGUAAAAAUUAUUUAGUGGUGGUGGAUCAUAUGAUAAAGAACAAGGUUCAAUUAAAAUUGGGUAUUGGUGUGAGUUUGUUGAUCAUAAUAAUUUUGAUGAAUGCAUCACAACAAAAGGUGAAUAUAAAAAUGGUAAUAAAAUUGGAAGAUGGGAAACUUUUUGGAAAUCAAAGUUUGAUGAAACUGAUAAAUUAAUGUAAAUUAGCAAAUUCUAAUUUAGUGGUUUUGGAUCUUAUGAUGAGCUCAGUUUUAAAAAGUUUGGAAAAUGGAUUGAGAUUAGCGAUACAUUUUAGUAUUUAUCAUAAGUCACUUAUAUUGGAGAAUAUAUAAAUGGUGUAAAAGUUGGUAGAUGGGAUAUUUAUUAUUAAAAGAAUUCUAGAGAUACAAAGAAUGAAUUAAUGUAUAUUUUAAAUGAUAAAUUUAGUGGUGGUGGAUCAUAUAAUGAUGAAAAACAUGGAGUAAUUAAAAUUGGAAAAUGGAUUGAAUUGGGCCAUUCAUUUAAUAUUAGUUCUUAAGUCACAUAUAUUGGUGAAUAUAAAAGUGGUAAAAGAGUUGGCAGAUGGGAAAUUUGGUUUUAGUAGAAUUAUGGAGAUGAAAAAUUUCAAUAAGUGUAAUAUCAAAUAAUAAUCUUAGUGGUGGUGGAUCAUAUGAUGAAGAAUAAGGAUAUAUUAAAGUUGGAAGAUGGAUUGAGUUAAUUGAUCAUUUCAAUAAAAAAUCAUAAGUAGUUUUUAAGGGUGAGUAUAAAAAUUGUAGAAAAUUUGGGAGAUGGGAUAUUUGUUGUAUAAAGAAUUUUGGAGAUGAAUAGAAUUAAUUAGUGUAAAUAUUAUAUAAAAAAUAUAGGGGUGGAGGAUAAUAUAGUGAAUAAUAAGGUUAAAUUAAGUGUGGACUUUGGAUCGAUUUAUGCUAGGGGUUUUUAAAUGGUUAUUAAUGCAUUUUAACUGGUUAAUAUAAAAAUAGUAGAAAGGUUGGAAUUUGGUAAAUAACUUACAAGGGUGAAGAUGAGGUGGUUAUUUGGCAUUCAUAAUUAGAUCAGUUUUGA